AUGCUCGUUAUUACAAGUGCCGACCAUUAUCUUGGCCAUUGCAUUACGUCGCAUUUGGCUCAGUACAAGCACCUGAUACCACAAAUGCGCGUUCUUUGCGAAAACAAAAAGCCUUGCUUGAAUUUCGGAUACAAGGGCAUUGACGUACGGGCUGUUGAUUAUACCAAUACAGAGCAAUUGGUGGAUGUAUUGCGCAACGUCGAGUAUAUGAUCUUGGCUGUAGGCGAUGAAUCCAACCGAGUGGCCUACAAUGAGAAUCUUUGUGCAGCAGCUAGUCAAGCAGGCGUCAAGUCGAUCAUUUGCAUAUCACAUGUAGGUGCCGUUGGGCCGCUGCAAGAUUACGCCAUGAUUGAAGAGCAAGUUGUCAGCUCAUCUUGUCAAUGGACCAUUUUAAGACCGGAUUGGACAACCCAACAUUUGCAUCUAUGGGCACCUUUUGUGGAAAAACACGCUCAGCUUCCCAUGCCAUUGCAUCCAGACACCGAAUUGUGCCCGAUAGAUAUGACGGAUCUGUGCAGCGUGGUGCAAGCCAUUGUCCUCAAUUGGGAUCAUAGUAUCCUUCCGGUUCAUCUUGACAAUGAGCACGAUGGCCAAGUGUAUACGCUUACAGGUCCUGAACCUGUCACUGCCAAAGAGCUGGUGACCCGCUUGGCCAAGGCUACAGGAUGCGAUUCGCUCAAAUACAAGGCUGUGCGCCCUAUGGAUACCCAAUUUUACCUCGAACAACUCGCACACGAUAUUUGGUUCGAUGCACGGAUCAAACAAGAACAACGUCUCAUGUACAAUGACCCACUUUCAAAAGGAGCAUACGAUUACAGCACACGUGCUUUUGCUUUGCCAACAGCUACUCUCAUUGACACCAUGGUGCGAUACCUUGAUUGGGUACGUGAGACCUCCAGCAGCAUGUGUGUGCCACAUGUCGACAUGCUCUUAUCUCGGCCAGCAUAUUCUGUGGAUCGUUUCUUCCAAGAAAACGCCAUCAAUUUCAAGCCACGUGUGUAA